AUGGUGGUUGACGGCGGUGGCCGGGGGCGACAAAGACGGCGAGAGAUGGGCUGUGGCUAUGGCUAAGGUGGUGACGGUGAGGGUAAAGCUAGCGGCGAUGAGAGGGAAGGUUGGAGAGGUAGAAGAAGGGGGGGAGGGGAGGAGAAGAAGCUCCAGACUGGGAGCGGCGGGAUACUCCGACCAACCCAAGCCGGGGCGACAGGAUCCAAACGUCAGGUAAGCAAGUUAUGGUUCAACUUCAAUAUGCAAUGGUAAAAGAUGAACUUACCCGUUUUAGGGCGUUUGCGGCGGCGACGUGAGGGGCAGACGGUUGAGUCCUCCGCGAGAUCCACGUCCUUCCAUGUUGUGCAUCUCCAGCUCUCUUUCUUGACCGGCCCCACGUUCUUCAAAUGAUGGUGAGCUGGAUCGUGCUGCAUCAUAGGGCAUGUGCAACUAUGCUUGACGGUAAUCUUCUUACGGAAAUCAUAAGCAGUCAUCAACCAGCGCUUUAGCUGUGAUGUUCUAGCCGCUUUUAACAGGACCGUUUAAAGACAAGUGCAGAGAAUAUUGUUGGGUUUCAGUAACUAGCAGAGAAUAUUGCUAGGAAUUCCACAGCAACUUAGACACCUAAAGGCACCCUAUGUUAAUGUUCAAAGUGACUUCCGUAUUUUCCUGUAAGGAAGCUUUUCUUUCUUGGUCAGUCAGCAAAAACUGUAUUUUUUCUGGUUGAUCUUCAUGAAGGUCAAUCAACAAAAGCUUUUCUGGUUUCCACUUCUGGAAAAGGUUGACUUUCAUUGUUGUAAGAACAUAGCGUGAUAUUUCAAUCAUUUUCAAGAGCAUGAACUAUUUUUUAGUACUCGCUUUGUGGAACUACCUAUGUGACAAGUAACAAAGGGUAAAUGUCAACACCAAAUGCUGAAGAGUCAAGACCUUUGCAUUAGAUAACUGUUGAUUGACCCCGUGUUGACAUAGUGUAUAUUAUUUAAGCAAUAUGCCAUACUAAGGCUUGUCUCGAGAUAGAGCAACUCUUGAGACCCACUUUGAUACUUCUAAUGGCCGAUGCUUGGGAGUUUUUUAAUUUGGUAGAGAUGAACAAGAAGACAAAACUGAAUGGUUCAGAUUUAUGUCAACAGUACUAAAUUUAAUCUCCAAUUUAGAACGGGAAAAACAAAACGAGUUUGGUGUAAUGCUGAUCCCUGUCUUUGGAUUAUCUAUUUAUCCAUUAAAAGUAUACUUUCUAAGGUGUAGAACUUCAUUUGCCCCGGCCAGUACGAGUCAUAAUCGAAUCUUAAUUGCUAUCUUAGGAAAUGAAGGUCUCCUCUUUCUCCGUCCACUCUUAUCGAAGCUAGCUUAAUGACUAGGUGAUAUGCUCCAAGUCAGUCUAUAGCUAAGCACACUAGGUUCAAUACUGACUGCAUCCUUAGACAAAUAAUUCUCCCAAGUUUGUAUAUACAACCACUUUAACCUUUCUGACGCUAAGUCAAACAAAAGGCAAAAAUUUCAGACAUUUAUUCAGGACUAACACUACAAUCCAGGAUUUACAAUAAUCGAAAAUGAGAGUUACAACAGAACGUUUUGACGGCCGAAAGAGAUACCGAAUCGUAACAGCAGUAAUAGUAAUUUCUAAAAUAAUAAAUGCAUAGGAUUUCACACCAAAAUAGUUUGGCCCUUUCUGAACCUCACAGUGACGAAUGAUGCAUGAGACUUCAACAGAAUCUUGUCUAAGAGUAGUUACACAUGCCUUAUCGGCAGUUGUUACCCUUCCCGCACCGCCGGUUGCACGCGCCGCAGUUAAUUCGAUUGAAGAGGAUGUUUACGCACUUCCCCCGGCAGCGCCCACAGUUCAUAAUGUCCGUCCUCAGGUUCACGCAGCGCUUUCGGCAGCAGUUCCGGCCUGGGCUGCCGAUAACCCGACAGACCUUUGGAAUCCGGUCGCAGGUCAUGGCGACCUGACGGUUACGGUAGCGGAGCAGCCGUCGGAGGGAGAACACCUUUUCUGCUUCGUCUGGUGCCCACACGCCGCUUUCUUCGUUGUGUUCUGUAACUGGGGGGGAUAGAAUAAGCUACCGAUAGGGCCACGCCCAGGAACAAGGAAACGGCGAGAAAGUACAAGAGAGCUUUGUACGCCUUCGUUAUUCCAAUGCAGCGAAGAAAUUUAGAUCUGGUUCAUUGGGAACUCGAAGAGAAAGUUCAGUUUUGAAGAGAAAAGAUAACGACGACGAGGACGCUUUUAUAUCGAUGAUUUCGGUUGACCACCUUAGGGGAAUAGUCGAAGAAGGUAGAAGUUUGGUGUAUUGUCGGCGAAAAAUGCAGUCAAACUCCGGCCCCCCCGGAAUAAAGAUUCAAGUUAG